AUGUACAAAGAUCUUAGCAAGCAAAGAUACGAGACCCUUAAGGACCUCCCCAUCCUCCAAAUCGAGCUGAAAAAAGCUCAAAAGGAGGCAACGUCAGUGAAACGGGAGCAUGCCGUUCUGGUCGAAAAGGUAAGGGAAUUUGAGAUUAAUAACGAGAGGCUAAGUGCAGCUGCUAACUUCGCAACCUCGCAGGUCCAAGAGAAUAUAGAACUGAUCGACCAGCUCCAGGCCGAGAUGAACGAGGUCAAAGCCUCGACCGAGGCGUUGAGGAGCAAGAUGGAUCUUCUAGUCUCGGAAAAGGAGGCUACUAAAGAGGAUUUGGCAUCAUCCAAGGACCAACUCAGGGUGAUGAAGGAUAAAGCCGACAAGUGGUCUCGGCUGAAUGAUGAGCUCCAAGCACAAUUGGACUCGGCCAUUUCGGAACGGGAUGCCCUCGGCCAAGAGUACACCGGGUUGAAGUCCAAGUUGGUGGCAGCUUCGAACGAUUCCUUCGAGGUCCAGGAUAUGCUGCCCCAAUACAAAAAUAACGUGGAGAUAGUCGAGGCCCAUUUAAUAACAAAGGACGAGUAUGUAAAGUGGCUAUCCCGGAAGGAGACCCUUGAGGAUAUUCACGCCCGGGGGUUCGAUCUAUCGGCCGAGAUCGAAGAGGCUCGAGGCCGAGGCCAAUGA